GAAGUGCCGCAUUUCAAUGAGUACUGGCCGAGGCGCAUCCCUGCUCUAGCGGCUGCAGCCCAGACGCCCGCGCUCCUGCCGCCGCCGCCCAGCCCCGGCCCCUCAGCCCCGCGGCCCGGCCGCGCCCAGCCCGGCGAGGACAGCGCACGAGGCGGCCCGAGCGCGGCCACAAAGACCCCCGGCGGCGUCUCUCCGCGGACCGGUUCAGCUCUAACUGCAGUCAUGUCCUUCGGCAGAGACAUGGAGCUAGAGCACUUUGACGAGCGGGACAAGGCCCAGAGGUACAGUCGAGGGUCGCGGGUGAAUGGGCUGCCCAGCCCCACGCACAGCGCCCACUGCAGCUUCUACCGCACCCGCACGCUGCAGACCCUCAGCUCCGAGAAGAAGGCCAAGAAAGUGCGUUUCUAUCGAAACGGAGAUCGCUACUUCAAAGGGAUUGUGUAUGCCAUCUCCCCAGACCGCUUCCGAUCUUUUGAGGCCCUGCUGGCUGAUUUGACCCGAACUCUGUCGGAUAACGUGAAUUUGCCCCAGGGAGUGAGAACAAUCUACACCAUUGAUGGACUCAAGAAGAUUUCCAGCCUGGACCAACUGCUGGAAGGAGAGAGUUAUGUGUGUGGCUCAAUCGAACCCUUCAAGAAGCUGGAAUACACCAAGAACGUGAACCCCAACUGGUCGGUGAACGUCAAGACCACCUCGGCUUCGCGGGCGGUGUCCUCUCUGGCCACUGCCAAAGGGAGCCCUUCGGAGGUGCGGGAGAAUAAGGAUUUCAUUCGGCCCAAGCUGGUCACCAUCAUCAGAAGUGGGGUGAAGCCACGGAAAGCCGUCCGGAUUCUCCUCAACAAGAAGACCGCUCACUCCUUUGAGCAGGUUCUUACCGACAUCACUGACGCCAUCAAGCUGGACUCGGGAGUCGUGAAACGUCUCUACACCCUAGAUGGGAAGCAGGUGAUGUGCCUUCAGGACUUUUUUGGUGACGAUGACAUUUUUAUUGCAUGUGGACCGGAGAAGUUCCGUUACCAGGAUGAUUUCUUGCUAGAUGAAAGUGAAUGUCGAGUGGUGAAGUCCACUUCCUACACCAAAAUAGCUUCGUCCUCCCGCAGGAGCACCACCAAGAGCCCAGGGCCUUCCCGACGCAGCAAAUCCCCGGCAUCCACCAGCUCAGUUAAUGGAACCCCGGGUAGUCAGCUCUCUACUCCGCGCUCGGGCAAGUCUCCCAGCCCGUCACCCACCAGCCCCGGAAGCCUGCGGAAGCAGAGGGACCUGUAUCGCCCCCUCUCUUCGGAUGAUUUGGAUUCAGUAGGAGACUCAGUGUAAAAGAGACAAUGGAGCAGUGUAUAUGGUUUGUGGUUGGGUGAAGGUUUCACGUUUCCUAAGCAAAAGUCUAACAGCAAAAUACACAAAAGAGUUUUGCAUACCUUGAAAUGAUAAACCCCAAAUCAUAUAAAAGGAAAUAUCCAGGCAUUUCAUAUUAAUCCUUGAAGGAGAUUAUUUUUUUUUUCCUAUUGAGGAGAUUUGAUUAAUUUGAUUGAGGAGACUGAACACAAGUGGGCUCAAUUGGUGAGGCUUUUGUGCCAGACCUGGCUCUAGAUGAAUUUCAUAUAUGGGCCCGAUCUUAGUGUCAGAACACACUAAUGGUGUAGCAAGACAGAGUCAUAAUUUCUUUAGAUGGGGUUUUCUUUUUAAUCAGAAGAAGACAUGUAGAUACAAUUUUUCUGUACCUUUCUGUGCAGAUUUUCUGGCCAAGCAGGUUAAAAUGGCACUAAGGAGACAUUUUCUCCUAAAGUUAUAUAGUCUUUGUAAAAUUUGGAUUGCUGAUUUUUAAAGUACUUUUAUUGCAAAUUAAUACAAGUAUUCGAUUAGAGUUUUUUUUCUUCCUAGACAAUAUUCAGAGCUACUUAUCAUACUCCUCAUAUGUGGAUUAACAUAUGAGGAGAAACUGUCAUGUGAAAUAUACAACUCAUGAAGACUUACAUUAAGCAUUAGGAGCUUUAUUUUUGUUGUUAAAAGUAAAUUUUACUCUUUAUACUUAUCUUUCAUUGAAAGCAGCAUAAGCAUAGAUUAAACAUGAAGAACUUGUUUAAUGGCAUUACUAUAAAUUAUAUAAUUCCUCCUUACAAUCAUGUAUGCAAUUUUUCAAAUGUAUAAAGGCUGAAGUUAUGAAAAUUUUUUUUUUUAAACAUAUAGACCUAAAAAAAAUGUGUCUGGACUUCUUCCGAAAAACCAAUUUGAAAAGCAAAAAUUCUCUUAAACAGUACUAUAUAAAUCAGGUCCCAAAUAGCCAAAUCUCUAUUUGGAUACAUUCUGGAUCUUACUGGUAUUUUGGAAAUUUUCAUAUGCAAAACUCCUUCGUGUUAAACUAAGUCUAUGAUUAUAACCCAUUGUUAAGCAUUAACCUACUAAUUCUGCUUUCCUAGUCCUCUAUUUAAAAAUUAUAGUCAGCUUUGCUUAAACAUAAAACAUUUAUUUUUAAAGCUGAAUGUUAAGAAUGAAUUUAAUGUGUAUGGUCUGUUGUAUUUAAGCCAUGACCUAGUGAUCAUUUAGUUUUACUAGUUCAGACACUAACUAUUUAAGACUUGUGUAGCAUGGUUUUGCUAUUUCACAGGCUUGACAUAUCUCAGUAGGUGAUAAAUUCACAAUGAAUGAUGCCAUUUGGAGGUUUUCACUUGGUUUUUUCCCCAAAAUUUUACUUGAAAAUUGAAUUUAAAAACAAAAUGUUUUAUUCAAGAUGGAGAGAAAUUAAGUUGUCAUAUAAUGUUUUAAAUGCUAUCAAUUUAUCUCCUUGAUAAAUUGCUCAACUAUCAAAUUUUACCAUCUGGUUUAUAGUUACAUAUGCUACUAUCUCACUUUCCAAGUGAAUAAAAUAUUCCAACCAUAAGAAGAAGAAUAUUUUUUAAAAAGUCCAGGCAACCUAACAGCAUUUGAAAAUUUAGCCUUGUAAUAAUUAGUGCCUUAUUAUCCUGUCUGUUGGAGAGAAAGACACUUCUCUGGCAGGUUAUUUGAGAACCGCAAGCCGAACCAUUCCAUCUUGAAAGAACAGUUCAUAAUAAUACCUGUUCCAGACUUCAGGUUUUAAAACUGUUUCCAAUAGAAAUUGUGAACAGAGACUCCUGCUGAGAUCAAAAGACUGCUUUGUUUUAGCUGAAACAGUAAACAUCUGUGAGGUUGCCUGUGCUGGUGUCUGUUCUAGUUAUGUCUUCGUAAAAUGCAUUACUUAAUACAGUUGAGUCCAUAAAAGAUUAGUAUGUAUUUGACUGAACUGUCAAAAACGCAAAGAAAGCAAUGGAACAGUUACCUUAAAUCUGGUGGGGGUCAGAUAGUCCAGAACAAAAAUAAAUUCUAGUAAUUUUAACUUCCCUGAACUGUCAAUCUUUUGGACAGCUACUGCUUAGAAAGGUCCAAUAAACGCUAUUUGUUCUGGGUAAGUGGCAGAUAUCGCCAACUGAUAUGAAGCCCAGGGCUUUGUUUAGACACGGCAAAAAGGAACUGGACUUGUGCUAAUUGCCGAUAGAUAUCAUGGCCAACUUUCCAUUCAAGCGGUUCUGAGGGAAAUGCUAUUCCACAGCAUUUAAUCUUUUGAACAUAUGACUUUUAUUAAAGGACUGUUCAGAGGCAAUAUAUAUCAUUUACUUUUUGAAACUAAAAUCCCUCAGAGAUUGAAACAGCACACCAUUUAUAGACUUUGAAAUCUCUUUCUAUGCAGAGCAUAAUUCCAUUAUACUAAAACAGAAAUAUAUAUGAAAAAAUCCUUAGCAUCAAACUAGAUGUUUUCAGUUUUUUUGGUGGAACUGAAUUGAUGAUUUAUAGGCACUUAAGAUUUACUUACUUACAGAAUUCUUUUUAGAAUAUUAGACACUGAAAUUUUAAAUUGUUCUCCUGGGCAGAAGAGACCUCCAGAAAAAACAAUGCAUUUUUGUCCUUAUGGUAAACCUGAAAUGUUCUGUGAAGACACUGCGCUCUAGGUAACAGUUUGAUACUUUUUUUCAUUUGCACUUAUUUUUUUUCCUUUAGUUAUCAUAGAGAACAAUGUAAUAAAUAUACUCCUGCUUUUAGCAUUUUAGAAAGGCAAAUCCUAAUCAUUUAUCAAGUAUAAACUUCAUUGUGAACUCAAAAGACUGGUUCUGAAAGCCACAUGGUUUAUUUCUUCUUUGUCUUGCUUAAUUUGGUGGGGGUGGGAUGGGGCAGAAAUUUCCAUGUUUUCAUACUGUCGUAGACUUUUAAGAAGUUUCAGGUCCACCCAUUUACACACACCCCUGUGUUCUUAAAUUGGCUCAUCUAAAUAUUUUAAAAAAUCAAGUAUCUUCUAAAAAUAUUUUGAACCAGCAUUCAAUUGCCAUAUGGGUUCCCUGUGUUAACCAGCAGAGGUUUUGGUUACAUCCAAUGUAAAUCUAUACAUGAUUUUUUUUUUCAUUUAAAAGCAAUGAAAUCUAAAAAUCACGUGUCUUAAAACAAAUUAAUAUAUAGAAUAAUAUCCUUGAAAAAUAAUUCCAUACAUUUUAGCUAUUGAACUACUAAAUUUUUUAUAUGUGGCAUGUAUCUACCCAGGUGUGUAGGCAUUCAUAUAAAUUUGCAAGGGUCAGUGUGUAAAUGGGUGUGCUUAUGUAAGUAUUGUGUAUAUUUAUAGACCAUGAAUAGUAAAGUUUGGUAUUUGUGACACAGCCUUGUAAGUUACUGGCUCUUGUGGAAUUGUAUGUAAAACCUUUGUGUCAUAAAUCAUUACACAUGACAUAUUAAUUGGGGCAUAUUUAAGUUCAAAGGUAGUUUGCUAAACUAGCAUGGCAAAAUGGUUCCAAAUAAUAGGCAGAUGUACUGAUUUAAACAAUUUGGAAACCAGAUAAACGAACAAAAAAUUUCAAAUUCAGACAAAUUCAGUGUUUUAUUAACUAUUAAAUAUAAGCAUUCAUUAAUGCUUAUAUUGUUGUGACUUGAUAGUCUAAUGUGUAUGAUAUAUGGCAAUUGUCAAUCAAUAUUCAUUAAAAAAGCUGAUUUAUAGGGUUGUGAGUAGCUGGGUAUUGUCCUGAAACAUGAAUAGAAGAAAAUCCAAACUAUAUUUGAUUUGAACUAAGUUUCAUAACAAAGCCAGAUAACCUAUAAGGCAGGUCUGUAUGUUCUUUCAAACAUGAUUCAAAACUGUUAAUGUAUUUUCAGUAGUAACCUUACUAUACUUGCCAUGUGUGUAUAUAUCUAUAUAAAUAUAUACACACUUGAAACUGUUAACUGAGUGAAUAUACUAUAUAUGCAUACAUUGUCUAUUUAUGCAUAUUUGCAUUAGCCUGAUUAGCAUCUCUAAUUGUGCAUGUCAGUAACAACAGUAUCCCACAGAAGUGUAGUGUGAAAAUUAGAGAUAUAUUGAAUUCAAUAUACCAGUUGCCUGAUGCAGUUUGUUAUACUGUCAGCUGAAAAAUACUUGUAAUUUUGUACCUGUAACGCAUGUGGAAAAGAUAGGAAAUCUGAGGCCCUAGCUAUAAUUUUUCAGGGUGCAUGAUAUAUAGUGUCUUUAAAAUGUGGUUCGUUUUAGUAAAUAUGAUGGAUAAAUUCCAAGAUAGUAUAAAUGAUGCAUGUAAUACAUGGGUGUUUAUAUUAUAUAUGGCCACAAAAUGGUUUUGAAGCUAGGGUAGAAGGUAUCUGAAAGGUCAUAGACAAAGAACUAUGAAAUUUAAUUUUCUUGUGAUUUUUCUUUGAGUUUAUAUUCAUCAACAAGCAAGGAAUCAAGUUUAUUCUCAGAACAUUUAACUUCAAAAUACACUAUGAAUGUUGCAAAUUUGGAUAAAAUUUUUAUAAAGAGGUUGAUAUAUUUCCUGCUUACAUUUUGAGUUGCCUGGAUAUGUAUUCUCUUAAAAAAGAGCAUUUGGUGUUAAAAUGUUUUAAACAGCAACAGGUUUUAAAACUUCGUCUGUUGAGGCCAUCAGCAGGGCUUUAUAGAGUGAAAUGCUGAAAUGUUUCCUUGAGCUCCCCGGUUUUGAAAGCUCCAUCACUGUGCUGUGGUUUCAUUGUACAAUGUUGUACUUUGUGUUUCACACUGGACCGUGUUACUCCUCUCAAUGUUGUUAUGCUUACCCCUUAGAAUAACUACAUAAUAAACAGGAAAAACUG